UCCUGCAUCCUGAACUUCCUCAACUCUCGGACCAGCUGAGUCCUGCUGCUGAACUCGACUUGAACCCGAGCACAUUUUUUUUAGCUCAGACUCAAGAAAAGCCGCAGGAGGGAAGUCUGUUUUUUUGUCUUUUAUUUGUCUGUCCAAGUAAAAAUCGACGUUUCGCCGCUACAGUUAGCUGACGGCUAGUCGGUUAGCAUGCUGCUGUCUCCCCACAUCAGACCGCUCUCUGUGGAUUGACUUCAUCUCGUCAUGACCGGAUCAAAAUGUCCUAAAACACAGGAUUCUGAGCUGCAGACUUCGUACCAAGCAGAUGAGAAGCUUGAAGAGCUGAAGGAUCCAGGAGACGAUGGAGAAGAAAAGCAGGAUGAAAGCGAGAACAGAGAGGAGGAGGAAGAGGAGGAGGAUGGGCAUGAGGCGGACGAGUCAAACUCCGAGUUGCCAUUCAAAAGAUCGGAGAGAAAUUUGAAAUCAAGUUUUUUAAGAACAUUGCUGGGCUGCGUGGCAGCAGUUGGAUGUGGACUCCUCUUUGCUGCGUAUCUCUUCACUUACCAUGACAGAAAGUUUUGGUUUUCCACCCGACAGGAAUUGGAGCGUGAAAUCACCUUCCAGGAAGGCAGCGGCAUUUAUUAUUAUUACUACAAACACAUGCUGAACUCGGCAUCUUUCCAGAGAGGAUUUUACGAGUUGGUGUUUGACAACAGGACGAUUGCAGGCCAAACCAUUAAUGCAGUAGAGCGCCUCUCUCUGUAUCCAGAACUCAUGACCAGCUUCAUUUACAGGCUCUAUGUUGGACAGGAUUACAUGGAGCCCAUUUACUUCUACAUCGGAACAGUGUUCAGCCUCCAAGCGGUGCACGUCACCGCUCUCUUUAUGUGCAGCUGGAUGUUGAGCGGCACCUGGGUCUCUGGCAUGUUGACCGUGGUCUGGUAUGUGAUCAAUAGACUGGACACGACCAAAGUCGACCAGGCAGUUCCUCAAAGGGACCACUGGGCGCUGCCCUACUACUCUUGUCAAGUGGCAGCUUUAACUGGAUUUCUCAGCAACAAAAUUAACACUGUUACAGAGAUGCUGUGCUAUCUGACCAUGAGUGCCACCACCUUCAGCUUCCUCCUCAUGUGGGAACACAGCCACUACAUUCUCUUCAUCCAAGCCCUUUGUCUGUUCUUCCUUGACUCGUUUGACCUGCUGCCGCCUCAUAAGGUAGCAGACGUCCACAAGGUCUAUAUUAGCUCCUUGUUUCUUGCCUACCUGGUGCAGUUUCAGAACUCAGCCCUGCUCAGCUCGCCGCUGCUGAGCCUGAUCAUUGGCUCGGUGCUAGCCAGGCACUUCCAGCAAACAAUGAAGGUGGGCCCUUUAGUGGCCAGAGUGAUGAAGCUCUUUCUACAUUUCUACCUGGUUUUCACCACAUCGAUCACCUUUGGUUACUUGGUCAAGAAACUGUCUCCUCCAAGUGAAAGUGACUUCAUAUUGAAGUUUCUCGAAGUGAAAUUUGGACUCAAUACCACAACAGACUUCAUCACCAACUUCCUCCUAUGUGCGGAAAGUCUUCAGGCUCCGAGUCAGGACUUAUUUCUGCGACUGACUCAGACCUCUCUUCUCCCCUUCUACUUCCUGGUACUCACGGUCUGUCUCCUGUCGACACUGGAGACUAUUUAUAGAAGAUUAAGCGGGCAGCCAGCAAACACCACCGUCAGUUUUGAAGACGGCCGUAUUGGGGAACAUCCCGAGAUCAUCUAUCAUGUUUUCCACACGCUGCUUUUAGGUGGACUGACAUUGCUCUUUGAUAGGGUGAAGUACCUGUGGACGCCGUAUGUCUGCAUGUUCACAGCGUUUGGCGUGUGUUCUCCUGACCUUUGGAUGACGGCACUCAAAUGGCUCAAAUUCAAGUCCACGCACCCUGUUGUCAUGGCUCUGAUGCUGAGCACCGUGGUUCCUACCAUCAUCGGCUUCAGUUUGUGGCGAGAGUAUGGACCUCAUGUCCUUGCCGAACUGGUCCAUGAUGAGUUGGAGUUUUAUGAUCCAGAGACGGUGGAGCUGAUCAGCUGGAUCAAGCUGAAGACGCCGGCUGCAGCAGUGUUCGCUGGAAGCCCUCAGCUGCUGGCCACUGUGAAGAUGUGUUCUGGCUCAGCUGUCACCAGUUUACCACUCUACUCUGAUGUCAGUCUGCUGAGAAGAACUGAAGACACGCACCAGGUGUACGCGCUGAGAUCUGCCGAGGAAGUCUACAAGAUUCUGACGUCUCACAAGACAAAUUAUGUGAUCAUUGAGGAGUCGAUAUGCACUGAGCUCAGUUACGAUAGAACGUGUCGAAUUAAAGAUCUGCUCGACAUAUCCAACGGACAUGUGGUGUACGAGCACGGAGAGAUUUACUCCUUCUCCAAACAGGGACGUUUCUGUCACGAGAUCAAGUUGAACUACUCACCGUAUACCAACUACUUCACCCGAGUCUUCUGGAACGGCUUGUACCACGUCUACAAAGUCAACUCAGUCAUUUCCUUCCAGUACUGACGACAGCCUGCGGAGGCGACGCUGUGCUCCUUUCAGGGUGUGGUUGCCGGAACUGUUUACUCUGCACCGGAGUCCAACUGUUACUUCAGCAUUAUAUUGUUGCCUUAUUUACUCAUGACUUGUGAUUAUUCUCACAUAUGUACAGUUUGUUGAGGAAUA